UAUUUGUGUUCUUGCAUCGUCCGCGGUGAAAGGCCUUUCGAACAUCUGAAAAAAAAAUCAUCACUGAUAAAAUUUGUUUUUUUCAAAAAUUAAUAGAAAAAAAUAACAAAUAACCAGGGUCGCAAUGAGGAGUUUCAGCAAUAUCCAUGUGAUUCUUGCCAAACAAUCAAAGGCGGUUUUUGUUAAAAACACGUCAAAACCGGUUCUCGUGAAUUUGAAUAGAAAUUUCAGCCAAAGUGCAGUGAAAAAUUUUACUUUUACCUGGCAGCUGAACAACAAGAUGUCUGGUAACGCCAAAUUGUUACAUAAUGACCUUUGGGUCCAGGAUCCCGAACUGAUGGAUUUGAUCAAGAAGGAGAAGCAGCGUCAGUUGUGCGGCUUGGAAAUGAUUGCCAGCGAGAAUUUCACCUCAAAAUCCGUUUUGCAGUCCUUGAGUUCGUGUUUGCACAACAAAUAUUCCGAAGGAUUGCCUGGGCAGCGGUACUACGGUGGCAACGAGUUCAUCGAUCAAAUUGAGAUUCUCGCCCAGAAACGCGCUCUCGAGACUUACCGCUUAAAUCCCGAGGAAUGGGGUGUCAAUGUCCAACCUUAUUCCGGGUCUCCGGCGAAUUUUGCUGUUUAUACGGCACUUUGUGAGCCUCACGAUCGCAUCAUGGGUUUGGAUCUCCCGGAUGGCGGGCAUUUAACGCACGGAUUUAUGACCCCGACGAAACGAAUCUCCGCCACGAGCAUCUAUUUCGAGUCGAUGCCGUACAAAGUCGAUGCCGAAUCGGGUCUCAUUGACUACGAUAAACUCGCGGAAACGGCAAAACUCUUCAAACCCAAGGUCAUUAUCGCCGGAGUUUCGUGCUAUUCGCGCUGUUUGGACUACAAGCGAUUCCGCCAGAUCGCUGAUGACGUCGGCGCUUAUUUGUUUGCUGAUAUGGCGCACAUUUCGGGUCUCGUGGCAGCCGGAAUUAUCCCAAGUCCCUUCGAAUAUGCCGAUGUGGUGAGCACAACGACGCAUAAAACGCUCCGAGGACCCCGGGCUGGUGUCAUUUUCUUCCGUAAAGGUGUCCGGAGUGUCAAUGCGAAGGGCGAAAAGGUCAUGUACGACUUGGAAUCGCGCAUUAAUCAAGCAGUUUUCCCCGCGUUGCAAGGCGGACCGCACAACAACACCAUUGGUGGCAUAGCAACAGCGAUGCUUCAAGCGAAAACGCCCGAAUUCCGCGAGUACCAGGAACAAGUUGUCAAAAAUGCGCAACAAUUGUGCAAGGGACUCAUCAGUCGCGGGUACAAAAUCGCCACCGGAGGCACCGAUGUCCAUUUGGUGUUGGUAGAUUUGCGUCAAAAUGGCAUCACCGGUGCACGAGCUGAAUAUAUUUUGGAGGAAUGUUCGAUUGCGUGUAACAAAAAUACCGUGCCCGGAGAUAAGAGUGCCUUGAAUCCAUCGGGAAUUCGUUUGGGAACGCCAGCAUUGACGACGCGAGGACUUGUCGAGACCGAUAUUGAUGUCGUGGUUGACUACAUUGACAAAGCAUUGAAGUUGUCGAAGGAGAUUUCGGCAGUUUCGGGUCCCAAAUUGGUUGAUUUCAAGAAGGCGUGCCAUGAAAAUGAAACGUUCAGUGCUAAGAUCAAGAAAUUAAAGGAAGAAAUUGAGUCUUUCAGCAAGAAAUUCCCAUUGCCAGGCUUUGAUGAAUACUAAAAGUAUACGAAAUAUAAUUUCCUAAGCAGCUAAAUAUUUUCUAUAAAAAAAAAGUUGAAUAAUAAAAUAAAAGUUUUUUUUUUCUAAAAAUGUUAAAAA